UUUUUCUAUUUCUUUUUUGCUAGGGUGUUAUGGUCGGCAUGGGUCAGAAGGACAGUUACGUUGGUGACGAGGCCCAGAGCAAGCGUGGGAUUUUGACAUUGAAGUACCCAAUCGAACAUGGAAUUGUCACUAACUGGGAUGAUAUGGAAAAAAUCUGGCAUCACACAUUCUACAACGAACUCCGUGUGGCCCCUGAAGAACAUCCUGUGCUUUUGACCGAAGCACCGCUCAACCCCAAAGCCAACAGAGAGAAGAUGACCCAGAUUAUGUUUGAAACCUUCAACACACCAGCAAUGUAUGUCGCCAUCCAGGCCGUCCUGUCUCUUUAUGCUUCUGGACGUACAACUGGUAUUGUACUGGAUUCUGGUGAUGGUGUUAGUCACACAGUUCCAAUUUAUGAAGGUUACGCCUUGCCGCACGCCAUUCAACGUCUGAACUUGGCUGGCCGAGAUUUAACCGAUUACCUCAUGAAAAUCUUGACCGAACGUGGUUACAGUUUCACAACAACAGCCGAACGAGAGAUUGUUAGGGACAUCAAAGAAAAGUUAUGUUACGUCGCACUGGACUUCGACCAGGAGAUGAUCACCUCCGAACAAUCUUCAUCCAUCGAAAAAAGCUAUGAACUUCCCGACGGACAAGUCAUCACCAUCAGCAACGAACGUUUCAGGUGUCCCGAGGCCCUCUUCCAGCCCUCACUGCUGGGUAUGGAGUGCUGCGGUAUUGCUGAAACCACAUACAACUCGAUCAUGGGUUGUGACGUCGACAUUCGUAAGGACCUGUACGCAAACACUGUGUUAUCCGGCGGCACCACGAUGUACCCUGGUAUUGCCGAUAGAAUGCAAAAAGAAGUUUCUUCUCUGGCCCCUAAUUCGAUGAAAAUCAAAGUAAUUGCACCACCUGAGAGGAAAUACUCUGUAUGGAUUGGAGGAUCAAUUUUGGCCUCUCUCUCCACAUUCCAGCAAAUGUGGAUCAGCAAACAGGAAUAUGAUGAAUCUGGUCCUGGUAUUGUACACAGGAAAUGUUUUUAAGCAACUGGUAUAGCGAGACGAGAACAGAAGAACUGAGAAGAGAACAGAAGAAAUGAGAAGAGCUGUCGAAACAGCUGUAGGAGAAAAUAGCUGCAACUAAUAUCAACAACAGUAAUAUCUCGAACAAUGCACAAUGCAAUAUGCAGAAACAAUAGCAACAUCAAUUGCAGCAACAGCAACAAGAAUAAUAAUGGAAAAACAGAGACAAUGCUGAACAGAUUGAGAAUGCAAAAACAGCAACAACAAAAAUAACAAUUACAGCAACAUUAAUAUGCGCGGAAACGCUUUAUGAAUAUCAUUAAUAACAGAAUUACCAAAACGAAUUUUAUUAAUUGCAAUUAAAAAAAAAAGUUGUAACAUUAACUCUCUCACACACACAGACACACAGACACGCACACACUCACAGAACUAUGCGUUGAGAAAUGUAAAUGAGAAAUAUUGUACUCAGUGGUCGUAGUAGAGUUUUUAUUUUUAUAGAAAA